GUUUUACAGAAGUAUGGACCAAAAGAGUAGUGCGCGCGCACGUGCCGUCCGGGUCAGAGGGGCUCGCGCGCUGCGGCUAAAUCUUUCUCCUUCAUAUCUGUGGACUUCAGACGCAGGCCGUUUUUUUUAGACUUCACCAAAGGUUAGAGGAAGAGACAGAGCAACAGCUCACAGCGUGUCCAGGACCUCCGGGCGCUCCAUGAACUUGAAGAGAAACUCUCUUUGUGACCGUUGAAUGGUAUUAGCUUCUUACCACAGUAACCGAUUUGGCCCAUUUCGCAUUUGCAACAGCAGCUGACCGAUUAAAAAAACAAAACAAAACUGAGUUUGUGAGAUGCGACUAUCCAGAUCUUUGUCAGUAACGUCAUUAAGUGGACUUCCGUUAUGGGAAGAGGAAAGUCUACCUGUGCAAGACCUCUUGCUUUUCGAGGUCUCGUGGGAAGUUACUAAUAAGGUUGGGGGUAUAUACACUGUCAUUCAGACUAAAGCGAAGAUCACCGUGGACGAAUGGGGAGAGAACUACAUCAUGAUGGGACCCUACUACGAACACAACUUCAAGACCCAGGUGGAGAAAUGUGAACCUCCAAAUCAAGCCAUCAAAGCUGCCAUGGACUCCUUGAUUAACAACGGAUGCCAGGUGCACUUUGGCCGCUGGCUGAUUGAGGGCAGUCCGUACGUCAUCCUCUUUGACAUCGGGGCUGCUGCCUGGAACCUGGACCGCUGGAAGGGGGAUCUGUGGAGCGCGUGCAGCAUCGGGCUGCCCUUUCACGACAGGGAGGCCAACGACUCGCUCAUCUUCGGUUCGCUUGUGGCCUGGUUCUUCAAGGAGUUAACAGACCAGCUGCAGGACACUCUCAACGUAAUUGCUCAUUUCCACGAGUGGCAGGCCGGGACAGGACUUGUGCUGAGCCGCUCCCGAAAGAUUCCCUUAGCAACCAUUUUCACCACACACGCCACCCUCCUGGGCCGGUACUUGUGCGCCGGCAAUGCAGACUUCUACAACAACCUGGACAAGUUUAACAUUGACCAAGAGGCAGGGGAGAGACAGAUCUACCAUCGGUAUUGUUUGGAGAGAGCAGCCGUACACUGCGCACAUGUAUUCACCACCGUGUCCCAGAUCACAGCCGUGGAGGCCAAUCAUAUGCUCCAUAGACAAACCGAUGUGGUCACCCCAAAUGGUCUGAAUGUGAGGAAGUUCUCAGCCAUGCACGAGUUCCAGAACCUGCACUCCAUGAGCAAAGCCAAGAUCCAGGAGUUCGUUAGGGGUCACUUCUACGGCCACCUGGACUUCAAUCUGGAAAAGACCUUAUUCUUUUUCAUCGCUGGACGAUACGAGUUUUCUAACAAAGGAGCAGAUCUGUUCCUCGAGUCUCUGUCCAGAUUAAACUACUUGCUAAGGGUUCACAAGAGUGACGUUACAGUGGUAGUGUUUUUCAUCAUGCCUGCCAAAACCAACAACUUCAACGUAGAGUCUCUCAAAGGACAGGCUGUCCGCAAGCAGCUAUGGGACACCGCUCAGUCAGUGAAGGAGAAGUUUGGAAAAAGGCUUUACGAGAGCUUGUUAAGGGGCGAGAUCCCGGACAUGAGCAAGAUCCUGGAGAGAGAUGACUUCACAAUCAUGAAGAGGGCCAUUUAUGCAACGCAGAGACACUCUCUUCCUCCAGUAACAACUCACAACAUGCUGGAUGACUCCACAGACCCCAUCCUGAGCAACAUCCGCCGCAUCGGCCUUUUCAACGGACGCAAUGACCGAGUGAAGAUCGUGUUCCAUCCGGAGUUCCUGUCCUCCACCAGCCCCUUGCUGCCCAUGGACUAUGAGGAGUUUGUGCGUGGCUGCCAUCUGGGAGUGUUUCCAUCUUACUAUGAACCAUGGGGCUACACUCCAGGAGAGUGUACCGUCAUGGGCAUCCCCAGCGUGACCACCAAUCUGUCUGGGUUUGGCUGUUUCAUGGAGGAACAUGUAUCUGACCCCUCUGAAUAUGGCAUCUACAUUGUGGACCGGCGCUUCCGUUCUGCGGACGAGUCGUGUAACCAGCUGACUCAGUUCAUGUUUUCGUUUUGCCAGCAGUCGCGUAGACAGCGAAUAAUCCAGCGCAACCGCACGGAAAGACUCUCUGACCUGCUGGACUGGAGAUACCUCGGACGGUUCUACAUGCACGCCCGACAUCUGGCCCUCAGCAGAUCCUUCCCUGGUAAAUUCAAAACGGACCACCUUAACAUCGCAUCGACUCAAGGCUUCCGUUACCCCCGACCUGCUUCCGUCCCUCCAUCCCCGUCGGCUUCCCUCCACUCCACCCCUCACCACAGCGAUGAGGAAGAUGACGACACCUAUGACGAAGAGGAGGAAGCGGAGAGGGACAGGCAGAACAUCAAGGCACCGUUUACUCUGGGUGCAGAGCCUGAGGGUAAGAGCAAACAACCGCUGGAAAAUGGAAAUUAAGAUCUGCACCCUCCUGCUCCAGUAGUUCAGACUCUAGGACAUAUUUACACCCCUGCCCUCUGAGAAUGUGCUACAUUUGUCUGAAUACAGCUUUUGAAUGGAUUAUUAUAAUGGGAAGAUAUCUUUAACGUAGUGGUAUUCGAUCACACCGAGAAUCUGGGAUUAAAUAACCCUUUUAAACUUGUAACUGAUGAAAACCGAACCAUGUGAAUGGUUCUCAUUUCGAACUCAUUUGUACUUAUGAUUGUUUCUUCCGUCGGAGAUGAAAUCAUGCUUAAAAACAUGACCAUCAGGUUUGACAUGAACUUGCAGAGUUCGUGCAAUUCAAAUGCUGCUGUCAUUAAAACAAAAGCGGGACAAAUAAAAAUGUAACAUUAGUUUUCCAGUUGAACUUAAAUCAUAUUAUGAUACUGACAACUUUCCAUGAAAUGCAUGAAAUGUUUAUUAAAAAAAGUCUCUUUUUGAUAGAAAUUUGCUACCAAACACACAUCUUGUGUUUUAAACCAAAUUUAGCUAUAAUAAUUUUAAUGUGAAAAAGACACCUUUACAUACAGUGCUUUGCAAAAGUUUUCAUACCCCUACCUUUUUUUUUUUUUUUUUUUUUUUUUCCCCCCUCAUGGUUUAUUUUGAUGUCUUAUGUUAAACUGCUUUAAAUUACUUUUUUCCACUUCAUUCUACACUCUAUACAACGUAAUGGCAAAGCAAAAAAAACAAAAACAAAACAUCUUUGCAAAUUCAUUAAAAAUAAAACUUAAAGGUCCCAUUGCAUAAGUAUUCAUACCCUUAUCUUGGGAGAAGAUUUUAGCUCAGAGGCAUUCAUAUUGCUAUGUUGCAUAUGUUACUACACUUCAGGUGAAGUUACCCUGUGUCCCAUUUAAUUGAAUAGGUAUGAUUUAGAAAGAUAAUGGAAGAAGUUUAGAUCAACUAGGAGGACUUUUCGUAGAGCUGGCUGAACAGAGCAACCGAUGGAGAAGGGCUCUGCUUAAUUUAAAGCAGUUUAACAAAAGGCUGUAUAACAUAACGUGUAAGAAUGAAAGGCUACGAAUACUUUGGCAAAGCAAAGUUCAACCACAAAAAAAUUCCACCCGUGUUUUUAUAAAGAGUCACACUCACAGUAGUGCUUAUCAGUGCAAAUUCAGUUUAAUUAAUUGAGAAAAUGUUCACACAUUCGCAAAUAUGUAUUUUACAGACCAGUCAAUUCACAUGUCGAUUUAACAUGAGAAAAUGAAUAGGACAAAAAUCUGUACAGUUAACUUUAUAUUACACAUAAUUUUAAUCAUCAUAAAUACUCUUUUCCAAGAUAUGUCUUGAAAAAACAACCAUUAUUCACUUUUAUUAAUACUUUCGCCUGAAAGAAAUAAAGAAAUUAAAAAAUA